AUAGUUUAAAUAAUCUAAUCUUUAUUGUUUAUUACUACUGUACAUGUACUAAUCUCUAAUCUCUAACAUAUGAACAAAAAGUUAAGCAGUAUAUGUAGAUAGAGCUGCAUAUGCAAAUGCUGUGAUCUGAUUUGUGCGUUGACUUUAUAAUCAUAUAAAGUUUGUUCACCAGUUACCCAACGAAUCCCUUUGCUCUUGAUUCUAAUCCAUCAUCGCCCAUGUCUUACUACCAAUCAGCAGAAAGAAUCCCCGAUCCAUCAUGGAAGUACGAUGUGUAUUUGAGUUUCCGAGGCCAAGACACUCGCCACGGAUUCACCUCACAUCUCUAUGACGCUUUGAGGAGAGCUGGGAUUCAUGUUUUCAGGGACGAGGUGGCGCUUGGGAGAGGAGAGCAGAUAACAUACACACUGAUUCAAGCAAUCGAAGCUUCUAGACUUUUGGUUGUUGUUUUCUCAGAAAGUUAUGCUGGUUCUAGAUGGUGUCUGGACGAGUUGAUGAAAAUAAUGGAGUGUAUAAGCACUGGAGGUCAAACUGUCAUUCCGGUAUUCUACAAUGUUGAUCCCGCAGAUGUACGCCACCAGAGAGGUCCUUUUGGAGAAGCUUUUCAAAGUCAUAGAUUCUCAUAUGAGAAUGAGAUAGUCCAUGCAUGGAGGGCUGCGCUCACUGAAGCUGCUAACCUUUCUGGAUUCGCAAUCACCGGAGACAGAAAUGAAGCUGAAAUGAUCGGAAAGAUUGUUAAACAUAUAACUACUCUACUUGCUUCGGAAGACUUGUUCAUCGCAAAGCAUCUAGUCAUGAUAUUAUUGGACAUCUUUAUUAAAUCGAAAUGA